AUGGAGAUGGAGAACCCUUUCAAGAAGAUGAGUGUCCUUCCUAAUGUAAAUGAUUUUGCCGAUGCCAUAGUUUCUCGCAUUCAGCAUGAGGCAUUGAUCGAGACUGUUCUCCCCAAGAGUUAUACGAUUAACGAUCUCCGUCGGAUCUACAAGCGCACUGUUUUGUCCGUGGCGUGUAGCUUUUCUGAUAAGCUCAAUGGCGUCGCGAGAGAGUUUAAACAAAAUCAUCCCUCGAUUGAGCGUCGUUUCGAAAUGCCCUACGGUAGCUACAUGGUCGCUGUAUUCCAACUCAUGUAUGCAGCUCGAGCGGUUACCAGUACCGCCAAUGGUUUUAUGCGGCAAAUGAUCAACGAGGAUUGUGACUCACUGUGCAAGUUCAAGUGCCUGCUACUGUCUUCUCUUGGGCGUAUGUUUGCUCUUGCAGAGAAAGCCAUGCCUAGUUUGGCUUUUCUCGAUUGUGUGAGGCAGUACAUGGCAAGCCGUACAGAGAGCAAUUCGCAAGAUUAUGAUGAUUCUGAUGCGGCGGCGAAGAAGUACAUGCUGUACUUGCUUCAGGAAGGCUGCAAAUUCCCUCUGACUGUUGAUGUUCCUAAUGUUGCCAACCCUGCUGAUCCCAAUGUUAUGAGUUGGCUUGAGGACUUUAAACGUCAACAUUGCUCAAGGCUGGAAGAUGAUCAACCUCACUGUGCAAAGCUUCCCCACAAUCCCAAGGAAAAGGCCCUGGCUCGCUGCACGAAAGCCUUGUUGUCUUGA